UUGUUUCUUUGGCCACUAACAAUUUGAUCAAAGCAUGGAGGCUGUGCUACGGUUUCCAGAACAGUUGGAGGAGAAGGAGGACUUGACUGAUGAGAAUGCAGGUUGGGAUCAAACUCUGCAGAAAGAGGGCAACGUGAUGACACAGCCUGCUGAGUCCAGUAAGGAGGAUCCAUGUCACUGCCCUCUCCUCCUGUGGGAGACCAUAGGGAGGCAGUUCCUGGAGUAUGAAGAGACGGCUGCUUUCCUGAGUGUAGAAGAGCAACACCAGCAACUGCUGGCUUUCUUGUCCCUGUUCAUAAAGGCUUGGGAGCAAUCGACUGGCAAUAUCUGUUUCCUAAAUACCCAGUUUUUAGCAAGUGAGGCUUCUAAGCUACUGGUGAAAGAAAUCAAGGAGAAACUGAAUGGAAAGCCUGCAGAAGAAGGCAGACUGAAUGUGUGGCAGUUCCUACAGUGGAAAGCAGAAGAGUCUGCUGAUGGUUAUGUGCUCCUGAGAUCAGUCUACCUGCUCUUGCUUAGUCACUUGGAAGAAGGAAUCCAAUUGAGUAUCAUCAAGUCUGGACUUCCAGUCACUCUACUACAGUGUCUAUAUCUCUUCUUUGCCUUUCCCCUGGAGGAGGCUGGUGGCAAUGGUGGGAUGAGUCAAAGUGAAAGGCAAGCACAGGAAAUGUUUCUGCAGACAAUGCUCAACAUUUAUGCAGAACAGCAAGGUGUGGAGGAGCUUCUCAUGGCUACUGACCUUCAGUCUUUGAUCAUAGCAACAGCUUCCCUCUGGGAUCAAGGGAGCCCUUCCUGGAAAGGCCCCACAUGUCAUGUGCUACGGACAAUCUCAAAGACGCAAUCCAAAAACACCAUUUCUUACUUGCAAGCAACAGAUUGCAUUAACAUUUCUAUUCAGAACUUGUCAAAGCUCGCUGACACCUUACCUCCUUGUGAUAUAUGUGAAGCAGUCAACAUCAUCCUGAGUUUUGUGAAGAACUCCUACUCAGUCUCUCCAGCCUUGCUUUUGGAGUUUGAGAACAAUGGAGGAUACCAACUGCUGCUGAAAAUUUUUCUCAGGUACGAUGGGUUAAUGAACAGCAAAGAAGAUGCCAGUCUCAAAGAAAUGCUGGACUUUCUGACACAACUGACUGUUUGUGGAAAAACAGAACUGAAGGUUUCAGGAAGUAUUGUACACCCUCAGCUACAGGGCUUUAAUUUUUGGCAUGAUGUUGUUUCCACAGGAAACAGAGUGAAAAAUCUGAAGGCUUUCCAGCUGCUAGAGUCUAUUUUUCGGAAAUCCAGCAACCCAGAGCUCUGCCAAUACAUCUUAUUAGCCAUAAAAUCUAUCUGGACCUGGGACUCCAUGAACUUCUUUCUUCUGGAAUGGUCACUACAGCCCAUCUCCCAGUUUGUUGGGAUUAUCCCUUUUAAGCCACACCUGGUCCAGACACAGUUCUUUCAGCUGGUGGAGUCGGUGGUGCUGGACCUUUCAUACAUCCCCCAUGAGAUCCUGAAGGAGAUUCAGAAUUUAAUAAAGGAUAACCCUGAGCCACAGUGCACUUCUGUUGCUCUGUCUUGCUUUCACAGCAUCACUCAGAAGGACCCGCUCUUCACAGAUAUCUUCAGGGAUUCAGGGCUCUUGGGAAUGCUCCUUGCUCAACUUCGCAAAGAAGCCAAGAUGCUGAGAAGAAAAGGAGGAACCCAAGCAACUUUUCAGGAUCAGACCACAGAAAGAGAGCUCAUCAGUAUAUCACUGAAGAUGGUGGCUGCCCUUGUUGUGGGGUCUAUUAGGAAUACAGUGGUUCUCAGAGACUAUGGGAUGGUACCAUACAUCAAGAUUUUUGUGGAUGAGGAGUUGUACCGAAGUGAUGUUCUGACUAUCUUGGAGCAACUGUCAAUUAUCAACUCCGAGGAGUAUAUGAGCAUCAUUGUUGGGUCCCUGUGCUCUUCAACCCAAGGGGAACUGCAUCUCAAGCUGGAUCUACUUAAGUCUCUCCUGAGGGCACUGGAGAAUCCCAAGGGUCGUUCAGCCUUCAGAACCAGCAGUGGCUUUCAUGGGCUGCUCUCCAUCCUCUCCGACAUGGAAGGUGCAUUACAGGAUCCCCCUUCAGGCUUGUGGGCCUCAUUUGACUAUUGCCACACUAUGGAGCUCAUCUUAUGUUUACUCCAAGCAAUAGCAGCUGCUCUCUACUUGGACCCUGUCAAUAGUUACUACUUCCAAAAGAACGGUCUCUUUGAGAAGAUGGCCGAGGAUCUUGGCUUGCUUGGCUGUUUCUCAGCACAGAAUGGGGGCCAGACUCCUGUACGGGUCAACAAGACACGGUCAUUUGCCGAGUUCUCAACUGCAUGA